AGGCGAAAAAACCGAGCGGCCGUAACGGGAAACGUACUGCCAGGGGAGGACUGGGCGACACGGGGGGCGAUCAGCUGAACUGGGAGAGAUCAGGCCCUCCUGAAGGUACCAAGGUGAUGGCCCACACUGGAUUUGACGCUUUGACCCCCUGUAGUGACAGUGCAGAUAGAAGCACAGGUUCUGGAGUCUGGAAAACUGAAGAGGUAGAUGCCGAGCAGGUUUAUGGAGACAUUAAGGAUGAAGACGCUGAGAUGGACAUUAUGAGAAGUUCAGAUGAUUGUAUGAAGCAGGAGUCCAUCAGUAUUAAGAAGGAGGAGGAGCUCAGCAUUAAAGUGGAGGUCACAGAAAUGGAGCUCUCUUCUGCCAUUAAAAUGCAGAUGUCUCCUUUGCCGUGUACAGAUGAAGAUUUAUCAGCUGACCAUAAGGUUAAGGAAAGCCAUCUGGGGUUGAAUGUGGAGGUCGGCCAGUCAUCAUCUCGGCAAGAGUGUGGGACUGGAGAUGAGUUUAUGAAUGAUGACACUUUAGGAGUUGACUUAGAAGAGAAAGCAAGUGAGGAGCAGGGUGUAGAAGAUCAGCACACCUCUGAAGAAAAUCCAAUCCAGCAGAGGAGCCCCACAGGAAAAAAAUGGAAUCGGCGUGCUGAAUGUGGGAAGACGUUGACCAAGGCAUCGUCCCUCAAAGCACACCAAUGCAUUCACACAGGAGAAAAAACAUACGAGUGUCCUGAGUAUGGGAGGACUUUCAGGAGGUCACUGCAGCUUAAAGCUCAGGAGGGAAUUCACACCAGAGAUGAACGGCAUCUGGAUUCAGACCACGCAAUUCCUGAAGAUUCUUCUCAGGAUGAAGAAAGAAUGUCUCAUUUUGGAAUCGGGCCGGAGACUGAGAUGGCACAAAAAGCUGCAGAUUUGGACUUUUCCAAAACUGUACCACAAAAUUCUAGUUACAUUAAGCAAGAAGAUGUCCCGGAUUUGACUUCUGGGGUUUCAGACAAUGGAGGGAAACAAGAAUCCACCAGCAUUAAGGAGGAGUUCAUCGGUGUUAAAGAGGAGGCCUCUGAAGUGGAACUCUCUUCUACUGUUAAAAAAGAACUGCCUUCUCCAGUAUCCUCAUCAGACCAGUCCUCGGACUCAAAUAAUUUAACGGAUCAUGAAAUACAACAGAAUAUUCCAAAAGAAGAAAAGACACAUCAGUGCACUGGCUGUGGAAAGACUUUUAUAUUGGAUCCAAGCCAUAGAUUGGAAGCGGGAAAUCAAACAGAAGAAAGGCCGUAUCAAUGUACUGAUUGUGAAAUGGCUUACAGUCAGCGUGUACAAGUUACACCUCAUCCAGAAACUCACACGUGGGACAAACCUUUCCAGUGCAAAGAAUGUGGAAAGAGUUUCCGACUGAGCGCAUUACUUAGAAUUCACGAGAGAAUUCACACUGGAGAGAAGCCUUACCAAUGCAAUGAAUGUGGGAAGAGUUUCACACAGAGUACAAGCUUUAGUCGUCACAUGAAAAUUCACAAAGAGGAACAGCCGUGCCAGUGCGAUCUGUGUGGGAAGACUUUCAGCCAGCAAAGAUACCUCACAUAUCAUCAGAGAACUCACUCAGGAGAGAAACCGUACCAAUGUAGUGAAUGUAGCAAGAGUUUCAAACACAACGCUAGCCUUAGAAUUCACAUGAGAAUUCACACGGGGGAAGAACCGUUCAAGUGCGAUCUGUGCGGGAAGACUUUCAGCCAUCGAAAAUAUCUCACACAUCAUCAGAGAAUUCACACAGGAGAGAAUCCUCACCAAUGCAACGAAUGUGGAAAGAGCUUCUUGCUGGGUGCGGGACUGAGGAAUCACGAGGGAACUCACACUGGAGAGAAACCGUACCAAUGUAAAGAAUGUGGGAAGAGUUUCAAACAGAAGGCAAAUUGCAGAAUUCAUAUGAGAAUUCACACGGGGGAAAAACCUUACCAGUGCACUGAAUGUGGGAAGAGUUUCAUGUGGCAUGCCCACUUUCGACUUCAUUUGAGAUACCACACAGGUGAAAAGGCGUACCAGUGCAGCGAUUGUGGGAAGAGUUUCACACACAGGUCAAAUCUUAACCAGCACCGGAACAUUCACAGAGGAUUAAAACCUUACCAGUGCGGUGAAUGCGGAAAGGCUUUUACACACCGAACAAACCUUGUCCAACACCAGGAAGGUCACACAGGAGAAAAACCUUACCAGUGUAACGAGUGUGGGAAGAGCUUCAAGAGGAGAACGAGCCUCAAGGAACACUCGACUUUUCACACAGGCCAAAAACUUAUUCACACAGGAGAAAAACUUUUAGAAUGCAACGAGUGCGGAAAGCAUUUUGCACACCAGGAAAAUCUGACCCGUCACCGUAAAGUUCACCAAAGAGGAAGGCCUUACCAGUGUAAUGAAUGUGAAAAGACUUUUAAGCAACGUGGACACCUUUUGGUUCAUCAGAGGUGUCACACCGGUGAGAAGCCUUACCAAUGUGCUGAAUGCGGAAAGAGUUUCACACAGCGUAUAAACCUUAUAAACCACCAGAGGAUUCACUCGGAUGAAAAACCUUUCCAGUGUACCCAGUGUGAGAAGAGUUUUAAGCAAGUUUCGGGCCUCAGAGAGCACCAGAAAAUCCAUGCAAAGAAGAAACGGUACCAGUGUAAUGAAUGUGAGGAGUCAUUCAGCCGGAUUGCACACUUCAGACAGCAUCAGCAAAUUCACAAGUUGUGAGGGCUGAUCUCGUCAAGGCAGAGCACAAAACAAAGUAAACGGAGAUACCCACCUCAAACAGGAGACUAACUUGUGUGUUGAUAUCAGGAGGACUUUUAGCCAAACUACAUAUUUACAAAAGAAGUCACCUGGUAAAGAAAAGUCUAGAAAAAGAGUCCUUAAUGGAGUUGAGGACUUGAGCUAAAGUUUUGGGUCUUAUUGAAGUACUUGGACUCUCAAAACCUUAAAGAGAACUUUAAUGUUGUGGGCUUCACUUUAGAAACUUGGUGUCCAGUUCCACCAAGGAGAAAUUACUUAAGGAUUACACCAAAAAAUCAAACUGAAUAGCAGGUGACUUUUACCAAUGUAUGUAAACAGGUGGGUGGUGCUGGUACCUUUAGUACAAAUAUGGUCAAAGUUUAUGGUUUCGGGACCUCCAAAGGAUGCAUUGUGGUACUAAAAUAAAUCUCA